AUGGAAAAAUCCAAAAUCCCAUGGUAUCAACUGAUACUUCACCAAGGCAUCCUCACAAACGACAUUCUCAUCUACAAAUACGCCGGUAAUGGGACCAUCCACGAUCCAUAUCGUGUCACCUUCUUGGACAAUGAUCCAGGAGAUCCUCUCCAGUUCAAAUCAUGGAUCCGAUGGACACUUUGUCUGAUUGUUGGUUUUGUCACGCUUUCAGUGACUUUUGCCUCGAGUGCUUAUGCCAGUGCUGUUCCUGAAAUAACUAGUGAAAUGGGAGGCAGCGACGUGGUCAACACUUUGGGUGUUAGCUUGUUUGUUAUUGGCUUUAUAUUCGGGCCGUUUCUCUGGGCACCUACUUCUGAACUCUUUGGCCGACAAGUUAUCUUCAUCAUCUCCAGUUUCGUCCAUGCAGCUUUCAAUGUCGGCAUCUGUGUCGCCCCCAACAUGCCGUCCAUCCUAGUUCUUCGCUACCUCUCCGGGGCUUCAGGUGCAGCGCCCCUUACCAACGCCGGUGGAGUGAUCGCCGACUGCUUCCCGCCCUCGGAGAGAGGAUUGGCAAUGACAGUAUUUGCUCUCGUGCCUCUAUUUGGUCCUGUCCUAGGCCCUGUUGUAGGAGGUUUUGCGGCAGAAUCCAUUGGAUGGCGUUGGCUGAUGGGUAUCAUCGCCAUCCUCAGUGGUAUAGCAGCUAUUAUUAUCACCGUUACCUUACCAGAGACAUACCGUCCUGUUCUUCUACGUCGGAGGGCUGUUCGACUUUCCACAGCUACGGGCAAAGUGUACAUCUCUUCAAUGGACAAUACCACCACUUCCAGUGAAUCAUUCGGUCGGAAACUCUGGACAACACUAUCCCGGCCAUGGGUGUUGAUGAUACACGAACCCAUCAUUGUUAUCCUGGCUCUCUACCAGGCCGUUGUAUUUGGCACUCUCUAUCUUUGCUUUGCCGCCUUCCCCAUCGUCUUCGCUCAACAACGCGGCUGGCCCCAAGGAAUUAGCGGACUGCCCUUCCUCGGUGUGCUGGUGGGUACACUCUGUGCCGUUGUCCUUCAAUUGUUAGAGAACCGUCGCUAUAUCAAAAUCCUCGCCCAUCAUGCACCAAAUCCGGCGCCUCCUGAAACCCGUCUUCUCUCCUGCUGCAUUGGUAGUGUGGCCAUCCCCAUCGGUUUAUUCUGGUUCUCCUGGACAAAUAGUCCAGAUUUCCACUGGAUGGCGAGCAUCUCGGCCGGAGCACCGUUUGGUUUUGGAGUCGUACUUGUCACCAUCGGGUCAAUCAACUACCUAGUCGACUCAUAUACCAUGUUUGCUGCGUCUGCCCUGGCUGUGUGUGUGGUUGGCAGGGCUAUCUUUGGCGCUGUCUUUCCUCUAUUCACGACUCCAAUGUAUAACAGGUUGGGGAUCCAUUGGGCUUCAAUGAUCCCAGCCUUUCUGGCUCUAGCUUGUGCACCUUUUCCGUACAUCUUUUAUUGCUAUGGGCCGGGGAUUCGAAAACGGUGUAAAUAUGCUACCAGGGGAUAG